AUGGACGAUCUCAUCAGCCUCGACUGGUCGUCCAGCCCUUCCUCAUCCUCCACAAAGCCUGCUCCACCUCCUCUCUCUGCUCCGCCAAGACCGACACCCAGCUCGUUUGACUUCCUCGCCCAACCCAAAGCCCAAGGUAAUGGUGUAAACUAUCACUCGAGUACCCCUUCUACGCCUAAUCUACCACCGGCACUUCAAUCUCGUCUUCAGCCUCAGGCAAGUGGAUCUCGUCAGACGAAAUCUGGUAGUGCUACACCGGCUUCGGCAGUUUCUGCAAGCGCGCACGACGCGUUCAGCUCACUCUUGUCUUUGAACGGUUCCCAGAGUACGGAAAACAAAAGCUUGAGUCUAGCUCAGAGACAAGCGCAAGGUGCGACUGAACGUCAAAGGCAAGCAGAUUAUGAACGAGCUCAAUUCGAGGCCAAUUCCUCCUUCUGGGAUAAUCUGGGGAACAAGCCUCAAUCCAGUGUGCCCCUUCAACCCACGCCUUCGGGACCCGUCACGAGACCGCCUUCAGCAGCUCCGAAUCUUCUCGCUCCGUCAUGGGAUGAUGAUCUGUUAGGUGGUGGCGCUUCGUCGAGUUCCACUACCUCGGUCAGGAAACUUUCACCGCAGGCAGUGAACGAUCCGUUCGACUUUGACGCUCUAGCAGCUAGAACGUCACAGCUUAAAGUUGAUAAAAUCUCGUCGGGUAUGCGCACACCUGAAUCCGACUUUGAUUUUGGCGAGAACCGUCAGUCUGAGUCUGAUGAAGAGGAAGACGUGCUCGGUGAUCUCUCACGUCCAGUCAGGCCGCUCAGUGAGGCCGUCGAACGGAGCCCUCCGCCUAGACAGCGAGCGCCUGCGCAGAGGUCGAGAUCUCCACCGCCCCAUGUACUGGGUCAGCUGGUUCAGAUGGGAUUCUCUGUCGACAAGGCGCGAGCUGCGCUUGCAAGUACGCCCAGCGGUGUCGACGUGGAGGCUGCUAUUGAGUCUCUGGUGGCUCAACAACCGAGGCGUUCUCCGGAGGACCGUGAGGACGAUAUGAGACGUCAGGAGGAAGAGGAGAGGCGCCGGAGGCGGCGAGCUGGACCUUCGAGAGACUCUGUCAAAGCGAGGACUAAGGAGGAGAUUGGUCGUGCAUCCGCUCCGACCGUGGACUCGGCAGACAAGUUCAUCGCACAAGCAUCGGAGAUUGGACAAUCUAUGCUUGGGAAAGCAACCCUUCUGUGGAAUACUGGAAAAGAGAAGGCCCUGAAGGCGUACGAAGAGCAGAGACGAGCCAUGGACACUGAUCGGCCUCGCGAGCCUCGGAAAGAUGGGAGACCAAGGUGGAUGGUGGAUGCCGAAACGGUCGAUCGACAAGAGGAUGUCCGUCCAGGCUUCAAGGAUGACAGUGAUCCGGAGGACCAUGUAGUACCUGUGCGCCGCACGACUGGGCAGUCACGGCCUGCCCCCUCACCUCCCGGGCCUUCACGCCCACCUCCGGUACAUCGAAACGAGCCCCGCCGGAAUCUACUCGACGUCGAUGAUCAGCCCUCAUCAAGAGCGCCGCCGAUCAGAGCUCAGCGAACGCCGCCUCCACGCUCGACUCCCCCACCACGUCCGUCAACUCCUCUCAUCAAACGCAAACUCAUCGAUGCCACUCCCGCCCAGAGUCAAGCGGCCCAGAACCACAAAGCGACCGGUAAUGAACACUUCAAGCUCGGUAGAUUCCCGGAAGCCGAAGCGGCCUACUCCAGAGCAAUAACAUCACUUCCGGAAGGGCAUCUCCUCCUUGUCCCAUUAUACAAUAACAGAGCGGCCGCGCGACUCAAAGCAGGUGAUAGCGCCAACGCCAUCCAGGAUGCGACAGUUGUCGUAAACCUGAUCGGUCUUUCGUAUCAUCCGGCCAAGGAGGAGCCGUUACCGCUUAGUCUGGCGAACGACGUCAAGCUCAGUGACGCCCUCGUCAAGGCAAUUAUCAAACGUGCUCAAGCCGCUGAGAUGGCCGAAAAGUGGUCGCUGGCUGCGGAAGAUUGGGAGCGAAUCGUAAGCAUGGAUUCUACAAUGCUGGGAUCCGGUUCGGCUUCUACACGAAAUCUGGCUGUAGAGGGUGGCAGACGCUGCCGCAAGAUGAUAUCCACUCCAGCUCCCGCAAAGCCAGCUGCAGUCAGUCAGGCGACUCGACCGAGGCCGCCUGCGUCGAGAUCAGCAGACUUGAACAAGUCGGAAGCGGUGGCUGAAUUGCGUAAAGCAGCAGCAGCAAACGAAGCUGAAGAAGCGCAACGGCUAGCCAUCAAGGACAAGGUAGAUGCGCGGGUGCAGGCGUGGAAGUCAGGCAAGGAGGAAAACUUACGUGCUCUGAUCGCGAGUCUGGAUACUGUGCUGUGGGACGACAUCCUCGCUGGCGGUCUCAAAGUCGGUAUGCACGAAUUGAUACAGGACAAGCAAGUCAAGAUCAAGUACAUGAAAGUCAUCGCCCGGCUUCAUCCUGACAAGUUGAAUGUGAGCAAUACGACCGUGGAGCAAAGGAUGUUGGCGAGUGCAGUGUUCGGCAUCCUCAGCGACGCAUGGCAGUCUUUCAGCAAGGCAUGA